UGCUUAACGCUAACCAAUCAAGUCGGACACCUCCUUCUCCCGCACCUCGACUUCUCCGCCGCACUUUUCUUUCACUACGCUACUUAUACCUUCCACAUUUCCUUCUUCGCAUCGAGUCGGCCACAACGAGACCACCAACCCCGACCCCAAUGGCCGCUUCUCCGUCGAUCUCCACACCCUUCGUCUCUCGCUCCCUACUCUCCUCCUCCACCGUCUCCCGCCCUCAGAUCCUCCUUCUCCCUCGCGCACGCAGCGGUCGCCAAGCCGCCCGCAUAGCCCCCAUCAGCGCCAAGAUCCGGGAGAUCUUCAUGCCGGCGCUAAGCUCCACCAUGACCGAAGGCAAAAUCGUGUCCUGGAUCAAGUCGGAGGGCGAUCGCCUCUCCAAGGGAGAGAGCGUUGUUGUCGUCGAAUCUGAUAAGGCCGACAUGGACGUCGAAACCUUUUACGAUGGAAUCCUGGCUGCCAUUGUCGUCCCUGCUGGCGAGUCCGCCCCCGUCGGUGCCCCUAUUGGCCUCCUCGCCGAGAGUGAGGAAGAAGUCGCCCUCGCGAAGGCGCAGGCCCACUCCCAGUCCCAAUCUCAACCACAGCCCCAAGCCCACUCGCCUCUCCCUGUUUCUCCUCCUUCGCCACCAGCCUCUGCUGCUGUUACUACUCCAUUAGCUGUUUCGGAGGUGCCUAGGAAGACUGUGGCUACGCCCUAUGCGAAGAAGAUUGCCAAGCAGUACAAGGUGGACAUAGGAUCUGUUACUGGGACAGGGCCGUAUGGAAGGAUUACCCCUUCCGACAUUGAGACUGCAGCUGGAAUCCAACCAAAGAAGCCUGCAAGUUCUCCUGCAGCACUUCCAGUUCCUCAAGUUCCAUCUCCUAGUGCUGGUGCCACUCCGAAAGCUCCUACAGCAGUUCUUCCUCCUAUUCCUGGCUCCACUGUUGUUCCCUUCACUACGAUGCAGGUUGCUGUGUCAAAGAACAUGGUUGAAAGUCUCUCUGUACCCACUUUCCGUGUUGGCUAUCCUGUGACAACCAAUGCACUUGAUUCCCUCUAUGAAAAGCUUAAGCCCAAGGGUGUCACUAUGACUGUGCUAUUGGCUAAGGCUGCAGCUAUGGCACUCGUGAAGCAUCCAGUUGUGAAUGCUACCUGCAAAGAUGGGAAGAGUUUUACCUAUAAUGAGAACAUCAACAUUGCGGUUGCUGUGGCAAUUGAUGGUGGAUUGAUAACCCCUGUUCUUCAAGAUGCAGACAAGUUGGAUAUUUAUUUGCUUUGCGAAAGGUGGAAAGAACUGCUAAAGAAGGCUCGUGGAAAGCAACUUCAGCCCAAUGAAUAUAGCUCAGGAACAUUUACUGUAUCAAAUCUGGGUAUGUUUGGGGUAGACAGAUUUGAUGCCAUUCUUCCACCUGGUCAGGGGGCUAUUAUGGCUGUGGGAGCUUCAAAGCCGACUGUUGUUGCUGAUGCUGAUGGCUUCUUCUCAGUUAAGAGUAAGAUGCUGGUAAAUGUAACUGCUGAUCAUCGGAUUAUCUAUGGUGCUGAUUUGGCAGCUUUCCUACAAACAUUUGCAAAGAUUGUUGAGGAUCCUGAGAUCCUAACACGGUAGGUCUUUUUCCACAAACCAGUAAUUGUAAGGUUGCUAGCUGCCCCGAUUGUAGAAUUUGAGAGCUUUUCUAGCCUUGAUAUUCCGAGUCAGUUCUUGUUUUUUGUUGCACUGAAUGACCGAAAUAUACAUUAAUUUCCAAGAAUCUAUCCAGAAUAAAAGUAUUAUUGCAAAAAAGGGGGAUUUAUUUUUGAGAUUAAUAAAACCUUACAUUUCCAUCACAAAUAA